AUGGGGAAACAGCAGAAAUUUAUAGGCAAAAUCUCAAGCAUUCUACCGAAAGCAGCAACUCCUGUGACCUUUCUGAGCCCACCUCCUAGUCCAGUUAGAACCAAUGCUGGAAAAGGGUUUUCCAGUCCAAGAGUAUCAAUUAUUCCAAAGGAGGUGCGGAGAAGAGCUAGGAGUUUAAGCUUUGAUGCACGAGAACCCACCUCUCCUAAAGUUUCGUGCACGGGCCAAGUCAAGAAAAAGCAGAAUAAGAAGAAGAAGAUGAACCCCACAAAAAUACCAAAAAAUAUGCUAUGUUCUUGUACUGGAGCAAUAGCGAGGAUUUUUAGGAAAAAGCAACAAAGUGGGGAAUCUGAUGUCUGCAAUAAGAGAACACCCAUGGAAGACAAAGUUCCUUCCUUGGUUCAUUUGAAACAAUUAGCGAGUGGUCGAGGUGGGUUACAGAACUUUGACAUGAAGGCUCGUGAUGUUGUAGGGGCUGCAGAUGGGGAAAAUUUUUGUACAACAGAUAAGAAGCUUCAGGAUAAAGAAAAAGUUAUUGCAGCCGCCUCUGAAUCCAUCAUAAUGGAUGAAAAGAUCGCUGCAAAUCCAAGAUAA